AUGACUCACUUACAGGCUGGCCUCUCCCCAGAGACCCUGGAGAAGGCCAAGGUGGAACUGAAAGAGAACCCGGACACUUUGCACCAGGACAUACAGGAAGUCCGAGACAUGAUUAUAACCCGGCCGGACAUCGGCUUUCUCAGGACAGACGAUGCGUUCAUCUUGAGAUUUCUCCGGGCGAGGAAAUUUAACCACUUUGAGGCGUUUCGUCUCUUGGCUCAGUAUUUCGAGUACCGGCAGCAGAACUUGGAUAUGUUCAAGAACCUGAAACCCACCGACCCGGGCAUCAAGCAGGCCCUCAAGGACGGGUUCCCCGGUGUGCUGUCGAACUUGGACCGAUACGGCAGGAAAAUUCUUGUUCUGUUUGCAGCCAACUGGGACCAGAGCAGGUACACGUUCGUGGACAUCCUGAGGGCUAUCCUGCUGUCGCUGGAAUCUAUGAUCGAGGACCCAGAGCUCCAGGUCAAUGGCUUCAUCCUCAUCAUCGAUUGGAGCAACUUUACCUUCAAACAGGCUUCCAAACUCACCCCCAGCAUGCUGCGUCUGGCCAUCGAGGGAUUGCAGGACAGUUUUCCAGCCAGGUUUGGAGGGAUCCACUUUGUGAACCAGCCCUGGUACAUCCACGCUCUCUACACCGUCAUACGGCCCUUCCUCAAAGAGAAGACCAGGAAACGGAUUUUCAUGCACGGUAACAACUUGAACAGCCUCCAUCAGCUGAUCCACCCUGAGAUCCUUCCCUCAGAGCUGGGGGGCAUGAUGCCCCCGUAUGACAUGGGCACCUGGGCACGCACGCUGCUGGACCACGCCUACGAUGAAGAGACGGACUACUGUCCAGAGUCCUACACGCUGUCGGUUCAAGACCUAGAGAGAGACCUGGAGAAAGACCUGUCCCCUAAAACGAUGAAGAGGUCUCAGUCGGUUGUGGAGCCAGGGGUGCUGAAACGACCAGAAAAAGUCAAGAGCGAGGAAGACAACAUGCAACCGCUGCUCUCCCUGGACUAA